AAAGACGACCGUUGGUUACGUGGACACUCAGCACGCUCCCCGAGGCACAUUUUCUCCUCACUCGCUCUCUCAUUUCUCGUCUUUGCUACAAACGCCACACUUCACACACUGUACAGUGCCUCCUUUCAACUCUGCUUCAAUUAGGGUUUUCCCUUCUCCGAGAUCAACGCCAACAACAACAUGAACAUCUUCAAGAAGAAAACCUCACCCAAAGAGGCUCUGCGGACAAGUAAGAGGGAAAUGGCUGUUGCAACCAGAGGAAUUGAAAGAGAGAUAACAUCGCUUCAGAUGGAGGAAAAAAAACUGGUGGCAGAGAUUAAAAGAGAAGCAAAAACAGGAAAUGAGGCUGCCACCAGAAUCUUAGCUCGUCAACUUGUUAGGUUACGUCAACAGAUAACCAAUUUGCAGGGAAGUCGUGCUCAGAUCAGGGGUGUAGCAACUCACACACAGGCAUUAUAUGCAAGCACUUCAAUCUCUACGGGAAUGAAGGGUGCAACUAAAGCAAUGGUGGCAAUGAAUAAGCAAAUGGCACCGGCAAAACAGGUUAAAGUGAUCAAAGAAUUCCAAAAGCAAUCAGCACAAUUGGACAUGACGAUUGAGAUGAUGUCAGAAUCUAUUGAUGAAACUUUAGACAAAGAUGAAGCUGAGGAAGAAACAGAAGAGCUCACUAACCAGGUUCUUGAUGAGAUUGGAGUAGAUAUUGCAUCCCAGUUAUCUUCUGCUCCAAAAGGGCGUAUUGCUUCAAUAAAUACUGAAAAUGUUGCUCCAAGACCAGCAGAAUCCCAAGAUGUUGAAGAUCUUGAAAAGAGAUUGGCUUCUCUUCGAAGAAUAUAAAUAUCUGAUCAUCUAUAUGUUAAUGUACAAAUCAUUAUGUAUACUAUAGCAAUGGAGACAUUGUAUUAUUGGCACCUCAUAUAAUUACCAAUUUUAUGCUGAUGUGUGUUUGGAUAUAAAGAACUAGCAAAAAUAGUUUUAGACUGGAAUAUAUAUUACUACCCCCAUACAUUUAUCAGUUGGGAAUUUGUAAAUGUGUUUAUCGAUAAGCUUA